AUGUGUUGUGUAUUGGUUGUGUAUAAGAAUGGAACUGAGAUAGAUUUAACUGUUAGUGCAUUAUUGAACAAUCUAAACAAACUGAGGAGGAAGAGAAGUAUAAAAAGCAAAAGUGAACAACAAUCCAGAGCUAAACUAUUAAUAAGAAGAUUAUCAGGAAGUACAAAUUAUCCAACUUGGAAAUCUCAAGUUACCACACUAUUGUUUGGUUAUGAUCUUCUUACCUUUGUUGAUAGCUCACUUCCCAUACCAAAUGUGCAGUCUCUGGAAAAAGACAAUAACAAAAUUCCCAACCCCAAUUUGAGAUUGUGCAACAAGACAGUCUUGUUCGUAAUUCUAUUAUGGCAUUAUGCUACAAUCACUCCCCUCAUUGCCCAUGCUUCCACUUCCAAAGAAGCUUGGGAUAUUCUCCAAACAAAUUAUGCCAGCAAAUCGCACUCAAAAAAUUUCAGUUUGCGCGAUACUCUGGCAAAUGUCAAACGAGAUGCACGUUCAAUCAGUGAUUAUAUGAGAGAAAUCAAGUCCAUUGAAGAUGAUUUGGCUUGUAUUGGUUCACCCGUUAAUAGCGAUGAAGUUGUUAUUAAGGUGUUGAGUGGUUUAGGUGCCGAGUACAAGGAGUUAUCUACAACAAUAAGAGCUCGUGAUAAUCCUAUAACUUUCGAAGAACUCUUUGAUAAACUUCUUGAACAAGAGAUGUUCAUCAAGUACUCAGACCUAAAGUCGAAACACCGAUAA